AGUCAUGUUACAUUUGUUGACACAUAAUACAUCUAUUUAAAGUCAAUGUUUCAGUCUUUUCAGUGUGCAUGGAGUUGGGAACCUCUUAUUUGAGGGAAAUCCCUGGGACACGUUGCACUGCCAAUGCAAAGUUAAAAAAGGAAAUGCCACGAUCCUUCCCAGGAGAUAAAGGCCAUUUUCUAACCCCAAAUUUGCCAAGUUAACUGCACUUGUUUGGCAGCGUGACCGAUGUGGGUUCUGGCAAGAGAAGUUACACGAAAAAGACAGUGAUGCCUUGCUUUAGAGUUUAGAAAUGUUUUGUGGCAGGAAGAGAGACAUAGAUGAGGAGGAUGCAGAAGUGGUGUGAGUUCUUAAAGAUAGCCUCCUGUUAUUUAUACAGAUGUGAGUGAGGCGAGGGUUGACUGACGGGUGACGUGCUGUAGCUUGUAGACCACAGCUCUCAAAUAAGCACACCCUCAAAUCUACCAUCGAGCUCACCACGCCCUCAGCACACACACACACAUACACACACUCCACACUACCGGCCCAAGAAGGCACCCAUACUUCUCUUUCUUCUUCUUGAAGCGGCUUUCUGUUCCUCUCAGUCCUGUACGUCUUUUUGUUUUCUAAGUGUGUUUGUUGAACGAGGACAGGGAUGGCGGAGCUGGAGGGCCUGGAGUUUGGGAAGUCAGACUUUGUGCUGCUGGAUGAGGUCACCAUGGAGCAGUUUAUGGAGAAUCUGAAGCUGAGGUUUGAGAAGGGCCGCAUCUACACCUACAUUGGAGAAGUAGUCGUGUCCGUUAACCCGUACAGACAGAUGGACAUUUACGGCAAAGACACCAUCGAUGCGUACCGGGGCCGGGAGCUGUAUGAAAACCCUCCUCACCUGUACGCAGUGUCUGAUGCUGCCUACAAGGCCAUGAAGAGACGGGCCAAAGACACCUGCAUCGUCAUUUCAGGUGAAAGUGGGGCAGGAAAAACAGAAGCGAGUAAAUACAUCAUGCAGUACAUCGCAGCCAUCACAAACCCAAACCAGAGGGUGGAGGUUGAGAGUGUGAAGAAUGUGCUGCUCAAAUCAAACUGUGUGCUGGAGGCCUUUGGGAACGCCAAGACAAAUCGCAACGACAACUCCAGCCGCUUCGGCAAGUACAUGGACAUCAACUUCAACUUCAACGGAGACCCCACCGGAGGAAACAUCAACAACUACCUGCUGGAGAAGUCCAGGGUGGUCCAGCAGCAAGACGGGGAGAGGAACUUCCACUCCUUCUACCAGUUACUGCGCGGAGGCUCAGAUGAGAUGCUGGGGUCAUUUCAUCUACAGAACGAUCCAGCUCUUUAUACGUAUACCAAAGAGGGAGCUGCUACUGCCACCACCAACAAUGACCGCUCGAGCCACAAAGCAGUGAUGAGUGCUCUGGAAGUGAUUGGCUUCUCACAAGAGGAGAUUACUUCCAUUUAUCAGGUCCUGGCUGCCAUACUCUUAUUGGGUAAUGUGCAGUUUGAGAGCGAUGGAGAGAGCGUUCAGAUCGUGGGACUGGAAGCUGUAAACCACAUCUCUGAGCUGAUAGCCUCAGACGUGGACAGCGUCUGUAAAAGCCUGCUGUUCCGCACCGUGGCCACCGGAGGGGGCGAGGUCAUCGAGAAGGGACACACGGAGCAGGACGCCUGCUUCGGAUGUAGCGCUUUCGCCAAGGCUUUAUAUGAGAGACUCUUCGGCUGGAUUGUAAACCGUAUCAACAGCGUCAUUGAAGUAAAAGACUACAACCCAGUGCUUCAUGGGAAAAACACAGUCAUUGGCGUGCUGGAUAUCUACGGCUUUGAGAUCUUUGACAACAACAGUUUUGAACAGUUCUGCAUCAACUACUGCAACGAGAAGCUGCAGCAGCUCUUCAUCGAGCUGAUCCUCAGACAGGAGCAGGGAGAAUACCAGAGAGAGGGCAUCACCUGGCAACAUAUUGAUUACUUCAACAACCAGAUCAUUGUGGAUCUGGUGGAGCAGCCCCACAAAGGCAUCAUCUCCAUUCUGGACGAAGCGUGCCUCACUGUUGGUAAAGUCACCGACACGGUCUGCCUGGAGAGCAUGGACACCAAGCUGGCCCAGCACCCCCACUACACCUCCCGCAAGCUCAGCCCUACUGACAAAACCAUGGACUUCCAGAAACAGUUCCGUAUUCGCCACUAUGCAGGAGAUGUCACAUAUUCCGUCGAGGGCUUUUUGGACAAAAACAAGGACCUGCUUUUCCAAGAUUUCAAGCGUCUCAUGUACAACAGUGCCAACCCAGUCAUGAAGGAGAUGUGGCCAGAUGGUCAGCUGAGCAUCACAGAGGUCACAAAGCGACCUCUGACCGCAGCCACACUCUUCAAGAACUCCAUUGUGGCCUUGGUGGAUAAACUGGGCUGCAAGGAGCCCUACUAUGUGCGGUGCAUCAAGCCCAACGAGAUGAAGUCUCAGGUGCUGUUUGACGACGCUCGCUGCCAGCACCAGGUGGCCUACCUGGGCCUGAUGGAGAAUGUGAUGGUGCGCAGAGCGGGCUUCGCCUACAGGCAGCAUUACGCUCGCGUCCUGCAGCGGUAUAAAAUGACGUGCGAGUACACCUGGCCGAACCACAUGAUGGCGUCGGACAGAGAGGCGGUGGAGGCCAUCAUCACCCAGCACGGUUUCCAGGACGACGUGGCGUACGGACACACCAAGCUGUUUGUGCGCUCGCCUCGCUCUCUCUACACUCUGGAGCAGGAGAGAGCCGCCCUCAUCCCCAUCCUGGUGCUUUUCCUGCAGAAGGUGUGGCGAGGGGCUCUGGCUCGUAGGAGGUGCCGGCGAAUGAGGGCUAUCUACGCCAUCAUGGGCUGCUUUAAGCGCUACAAGGUGAAGGCCCACUUCUGGGAGGUGGAGAGGAGGUUCACUAACGUGCGCACCAUGGCCGACUACGGGAAGAGCGUGGAGUGGCCGACCCCGCCCGCAGCGCUGUCCCAGUUCCACAACAACACCGUCAUGCUGCACCGCAGGUGGUGGGCGAGGCAGAUCGUGAAGAACAUCCCCCCGUCUGACAUGCUGGAGGUCCGGGCCAAAGUGGCAGCUCUGACUGCACUGAGCGGAGAGAGGAUGGACUGGGGGGUCAGCAGAGCCUGGGAGAGGGACUACCUGGCCAACGUGCGAGACUGCCCUCAGACCAGCGCCGCCUUCAUCAGAGUUUCCAAGGAGCUGAGGAACAUAGACGAGUACAACCAGGUCCUCUUCUCUGGCUUCUGUCGGAAGGUGAAUAGAUUCAACAAAAGCACGGACCGAGGACUGCUCAUCACAGACAAGUGUGUGUACAAAUUAGAGCCGAAGAAAGGGUUCAGGGUUCUGAAGAGGCUUCCCUUAGACAUUUUGACAGGGCUGAGUGUGACCAGCGGGGCUGACCAGAUGGUGGCGCUGCACACGACCUCCCAGGAUGACGUCCUGCUGUGUCUGCAGCGAGGGGAGCUGUGCUCCAACCAGGACCGAGUGGGGGAGCUGGUGGGAGCGCUGGUGGACCAUUUCACACGUUUAAGAAAUGUCCCAUUUCCAGUGAAGGUUUGUCCCUUGGCUGUGCAGCUUCACAUGCGGGGAAAACCAAAGAGCGUCAGCGUGGAAAGCAAACCGGGACAGAACAACGCAGAUUUCAAGAAGAGUCGAGAUGGUUUCAUCCUGCUCGUCCCUGCUAACUAACAAUUCUACCAGAAGAACCUGACCUCAGGAACUGGACGCUCUGCAUUUGAGGAACUGGUCCACCCUCACGCUCUUUAGAUUGUUUAAAUAUUUUUCCAAAGUACAGCUGAGUCUGCUUUCUUAACUAUAAAGCUGCAGGAGGGCAAUGUUCAGCAGACAAUAACAGAAGUGUUGAAUAGAGAAAUUAGGAGAUUAUUAUGUUGUAAAAACUGCAAAGUUGCCUUACACAUGUAUGAUACUGUUUGCUUUUAUGUUACAAGAUAUUUGAAGAUUAAACAAAAACAUAAAUUAAAGCACUCUUUGAAUGACAAAUUGUACAUCACAAUGCAUACAAACAACCAGAGAAGAAUUCCAGAUAUAUUUUUGUACAUUUGAGUGGAACUUUAAUAAAAUGAAUACUUUAUUGUACCUUGUCUCAUGCUGUUACCUUAAAAAAGGCAGGCUGAGACAAUUAUUCCAUGUCAGAAGUAAUGAGAAGGAGAAUGAAAAUAAAUUAUUCUAAAUUUA